CGGGGCCUGGCCGCGGGGGCUGGACUCCCGGGCAGCGCCUGCGGCGGCGCGGGUGGUCACGGGCGCGGUCACGGGCGCGCAGGGGCCCGGUCGCGGGCUGCCAGGCCAUGCCGCGCGGAGUCUGCGGCCGGCUCGCCUCAGCGCUGCGGGGGACACGCGCACGGCCGCCCGCGGUCGCCCAGAGGUGUGUGCACGCGUCGGUGUCGCGGCCGUCCCCAGAGCAGAGCGAGCGGACGCGGGAACCGCCCCGCGCCUUCGACCCAGCGCUGCUGGAGUUCCUGGUGUGCCCGCUCUCCAAGAAGCCGCUCCGAUAUGAAGCAUCGACAAAUGAACUGAUUAACGAAGAGUUAGGAAUAGCCUAUCCAAUUACUGAUGGGAUUCCUAAUAUGAUACCACAGGCAGCUAGGAUGACACAUCAAAAUAAGAAGCAAGAAGAAACGGAGCAGCAUUAG